AUGGAAACAGAGAAAGUCUUGUCGACAGCAUGGGUGGGCCAACACCUUGGUGACACCCGCGAGGAGACCCUCGACCUGAUCCGUCACGCACAAGAAAGCGAUUCGACGGACAGGUUAUUGACCAUCCGCCAAGCCCUUUCGAAAUAUAAGAAGGCGGUCUUCUGGGCAAUGUUCUUGUCCACCAGUUUGAUCAUGGAAGGGUAUGACUUGGUUAUCAUUACGUCCUUCUACGGUCAAACUCAGUUCCAGAAUCGAUUCGGCGUUGUGGAUCCCCAGACGGGCAAAAAGACCAUUCCCGCCCCAUGGCAGUCCGGGCUGAGCAACAGUGCCCUCGUUGGCCAGUUGGCAGGUCUCUUGAUCAACUCCUAUACCCAAGAUAGGUUUGGAUGUCGACCUACAAUGAUGGCGUUCAUGGUCUGGAUGGCUAUAGUGCUUUUCAUUCCUGUCUUCGCGCCAUCCUUGCCGGUCCUAGCUUUUGGCGAAGCCAUGUGCGGGAUUCCUUGGGGUGUCUUUCAGACACUCUCGACAUCGUACGCUUCUGAAGUCGUCCCAACCGUCCUUCGACCUUACGUGACGGCAUAUGUCUGCAUGUGUUGGGGAGCCGGUAUCCUCCUGUCAUCUGGGGUCGUGCGAGCCGUAGCCGGCAUUCAGGGCAACCUGGGGUGGAAACUUCCUUUUGCAUUACAAUUUGUUUGGCCUGUCCCCCUGUUCAUUGGUGCUUACUUAGCCCCCGAAUCUCCCUGGAAUGCAGUGCGUCGCGGCAAGUUCGAUCUUGCUCGGAGCAGUUUGUCACGCCUGAGGCGGGAAACUCCUGAAAAGGAGAUGGAGGUGGAGUCGACGCUUGCGUAUAUCAAGUACACUACAGAACUUGAAAGAGCAGACACAGAGAAUGCCAGCUUUCUCGAUUGUUUCAAGGGAACGAACUUACGCCGGACUGAGAUUAAUUGCGUGGUGUGGGCGGCUCAAAUCCUGUGCGGCAAUGCAAUCCUCGGAUAUUCCGUGGUGUUUCUUGAAGCCGCCGGCUUCAGCGAGCUUCAAGCCUUCGACGUCAACAUCUCCCUCUCUGCUUGUUACAUUAUCGGAGGCAUAAUCUGCUGGUUUUUGUUCCCACAUUUCGGAAGAGCUACCAUCUAUAUGGCCGGCUUGACGUUUAUGUUCUUUUGCCUCGUCGCCAUUGGAGGCCUUGGCUGGUCUACUUCCAAGCACGCUCAGCUCGCCAUUGGAAUUUUGCUUGUCAUCUCAACGCUUUGCAAUAUGAUCACCAUCGGACCGGUUUGCUAUCCUAUCGUCGCGGAGACGCCGUCAGGGAGAUUGAGAUACAAGACGAUUGUGAUCGGCAGAUUUGUGUACAAUCUGACGGGAAUCUUUUCGAAUUCCGUCACACCUCGCAUGAUUGCGGCAACAUCCUGGAAUUGGGGUGCCAAGGCUGGCCUGUUUUAUGCGGGCACGAAUCUCCUGUGCAACAUUUGGUGUUGGUUCCGCCUUCCGGAGACCAAAAACCGGUCGUUCGGAGAGAUCGAUUUGAUGUUCGAAAAUCGUGUGCCGGCAAGAAAGUUCAAGCAUACAAAGGUCGACCAAUUUGCCAUGGCUGAGGAAAUGACGGACUCGGCUGAUAAAUAUCCGGUUGCGGAUCAUCGGGAUAUUGUCCCGGUGGAUGCUUGA